UCAUUGGCGUGUGAAAAAUCGGAAAAACAGUUUAUUCAUAGCUUUCAGAGACCAUUGUUCGUUUGCUCGCCUAAUAUUUUCGUGAAUAUUUGCGGCGAAAUAAUUUGUAAAAUUUGUAAUCCGUCCAUGCCAUGCGCGAUAAAAUUUCCCAACUAUUUUGCUUGCCAAAAAACGCAUGCAAACAUAAUUCAACAGAUAAUAGAGGACAAAGUGUGCCAAAUAAAGCAGCGCUCAAUGGGGGGACAGCGUGUACCAACGGUUCUAUUGGGCCAGAAGGGCCCGAAGCGACAGAGACCGACUCAUCAGGGACCGGGGGGAUGCGGAAGUCGUUGGAGAGGAAGGGCUCAGCGCCGAACGACGCUGUUCACCUCCAGAGACGGGUGGGACUCUUCAGUGGGGUGGCUUUAAUUGUCGGAACUAUGAUAGGGUCUGGAAUAUUUGUGUCACCUUCUGGUCUACUAGCUAGAACUGGUUCCGUUGGUGUAAGCUUUAUAAUAUGGCUAGCCUGUGGUGUGCUCUCGCUGAUGGGUGCCCUGGCAUAUGCUGAAUUGGGUACAAUGAAUACAUCGUCUGGUGCUGAAUGGGCAUAUUUUAUGGACGCAUAUGGACCAGCACCGGCGUUCUUAUUCUCAUGGGUAUCAACGUUAGUCUUAAAGCCAUCGCAAAUGGCAAUUAUUUGCUUAUCAUUUGCACAAUACGCCGUCGAGGCAUUUGUCUCUGAAUGUGAUCCACCAAUGUCGGUUGUUAAAAUGGUUGCAUUAGUAGCAAUAGUGAUGAUUUUGUUUGUUAACUGUUAUAGCGUUAAUUUGGGCAUGGCUGUACAAAAUAUAUUUACGGCCGCUAAACUGGUAGCUGUACUCAUUGUUAUAUGUGGAGGUGCCUGGAAAUUAUUCCAGGGUAAUACUCAACAUCUGGCAAAUGCAUUUAGUGGACCCAAUCCGAAUGUAGGAGCUAUUGCAACGGCCUUCUACACGGGUCUGUGGGCCUACGAUGGUUGGAAUAAUCUCAACUAUGUCACCGAAGAAAUUAAGAAUCCAAGCAAGAAUUUACCGCGUUCCAUUGUCAUUGGUAUACCGUUGGUAACGCUGUGCUAUGCUUUGAUCAAUAUCUCAUAUCUGGCGGCAAUGUCACCCACCGAAAUGGUACAAUCGGAAGCGGUAGCUGUGACCUUUGGUAAUCGUAUAUUGGGCGUAAUGGCCUGGUUGAUGCCCUUGAGUGUAACGAUUAGUACAUUUGGCAGUGCCAAUGGUACAUUGUUUGCAGCGGGAAGAUUAUGCUUUGCUGCUUCUCGUGAGGGUCAUUUACUGGAUAUCCUGUCAUAUGUCCAUGUACGCCGUUUGACACCAGCUCCUGGUCUGAUUUUCCAUUCUCUCAUUGCCGCUGCCAUGGUCCUCUAUGGCACCAUCGAUUCAUUAAUCGAUUUCUUCAGUUUCACUGCAUGGAUAUUCUAUGGCGGCUCCAUGAUGGCUCUGAUUGUGAUGCGCUUCACCAAACCCAACUAUCCAAGGCCAUAUAAAGUGCCUAUUAUCAUUCCCAUUGUGGUUCUGGUGAUCUCAAUGUAUCUGGUGGUGGCACCCAUUAUCGAUUCGCCACGCAUUGAAUAUUUGUAUGCUCUACUGUUCAUAUUUGCCGGUUUGAUAUUUUACAUACCAUUCGUUAAGCUGGGCAUGACUCCGAGAUUUAUGAACAAAGUAACUUUGUUCCUGCAAUUACUAUUGGAAGUUGUGCCCACCUCCAGCAUGGCAUUGUUCGAUUGAGAAACAGCAACGAUGACAACUCAGUCUGCUCAAGUUGAUGCCCAAUAGAAAACACACAACACAAUGCUAUGAAUAGUUAGUUGAA